AUGCAGAACGAAAAAUUGAUAGAAAUAGUGAGGCAUUAUACUUUUUUGUAUAAUCAGGAAGAAAAAAAUUAUAGUGACAACUACAAAAAGGAUGCUGCCUGGAAGGAGAUAGGAGAAAUUUUAAAUCAACCAGCUAAUGAAUGCAAAAAACAUUGGAACAAUUUACGAGAUUGUUAUCGCAGAUCAUUAAAAAGGAAAAAUGAUACAAAAAGUGGACAAGCCGCAAAUAAGGUAAAGAAGUGGAAAUAUGAAGACGAAAUGUCAUUUUUGACAAAGUAUAUGAAGGAACGAGAAACCGUUACAUCAAUACAAAUCAAUGUCAGUGAGGAAUCAAACCAAGAUGUAGAUGACACAACCACAAUAGAAGACAAUAGCAAUUUCAUAGAAACACCAGCACCUUCUCAAGCUAGCCAUACAUCAACACAAUUCCGCCAAAAAAAAAGAAAAAGAACAGGAACAGCCUCAGACAGUUUAAUGAAUUAUAUUUUACAUAAUACUAAAGAAGAAAAAGCUAUGGACGAAAUAGAUUUAUUUUUCAAAAGUACAGCUUUAACUGUAAAAAAACUAACUCCAUACAAUCAGAUAAUUGCCAAAACCCGCAUUUCUUCUAUAAUUAGUGAAUUACAAUUACAAGAGCUUUCAAAUAUAAAUUGCCAUCAUUUUUCAUCACAGUCAUUAAGUUCAACACCCACACCAUCACCAAGUACAAUAGAACCAUUACACAACCAACUCAUCCACAAGAACCAAACACGAUAUGUACUGCUGUGUGAAAUGGAGGAAGGAGUACCGGGACCGCCUGGCGAAUCUCCAAGAAAGAGAAAUCCAUCGGGAAAGUUCGUUGUAUCUUCGCAAAGGAUGAUGAUCGUAAACCUGUACGAAAAUCUGAAGGUUGACCAUCCGGAAAUGAGAUACAGACCUAUCUUACAAAUGAUAUCUAGACAGACUGGAAUCGGUCAAGUAACAAUUUCUAAGACUCUUUCGGAAUAUAAGGCUACAGGAAGCGUGACGUCCCCAUAUAAAAAGAGACCGCGGAUGAAUAUUUUGGAGAAGACGUCCACGAUAUACUGGCCAUAA